UCUCGCUUGACUCGUUCCGCAAAACACGCAUUCUCCGCGCUCAGAGUUUCUCUGCGAAACACAAACAUGAUUAGCCUCGCCAAGUACAACCACGCCGGCGUUACCGGGGAAAGCCUCAAGUCGCUGUGGAAGCAGGUCUUGGAUUACUACUCGGCGCCUCACGCGGCCGAACCCUGCAAAGAAGCUCAGAGAGAAGAAGAACCCGAGCUCAAGUCGUACGAAGAGGCUCCGACCUUUUUGCAGCAGAACCCGUUCAUCAGGACGGGAUACCGAUGCAACCUGGAGCUUCGUCGCUGCUUCCGCAGCAUGUUUCAGUGGAACAACGAAACGCUCAACAUCUGGACCCACCUGGCCGGUUUUCUGAUCAUCCUCGGGCUCCUGGUUCACGACCUGCUUUUUCGGCUCGACGACGCCCGGCCGUCACCCAUGGAUCGCUUCUACUGCGUCGCCCUCUGCGCGACCUACAUGACGACUCUCCUGCUGUCUGUCGUGUACCACACCUUCAAUUGCCACUCGGAGCAUUCGUACAACUGCCUCCUCAAGUGGGACGUCUUGGGCGUCGCGCUCAGCCUCAGCGUCACCUUCAUCUCUGGAGUCCACUACGCCUUCGCCUGCAGGGCGGACCUCGAGACAAUCUACAACGGCAUUGAAGUGAGCAUGGUUGUUAUCGUUCUCGUGCUCAACUUCGCCCCCAAGUUCUCCGGGCCGGAAUACGAGAAGGCGCGACUCGUCGUGCUCAGCUCUCUGGUCAUCUUCGGCCUGGUACCCACCGCCCACUGGUUCAGCCUGAACGGAGGAUUCGCAGCACCCAUCGUUCAGCUGCUUUUGCCGCGCAUCGCCGUCAUGUUCCUCUACAUGGGAGUGGCGUUCACGGUGUACAAGUACCGCAUACCUGAGUGCUUCUUUCCCGGAAGGAUGGACCACCUGGGCUCGAGUCACCAGAUCUGGCACGUGGUCGUCUUCUUGUCCCUGGUGUGGUGGCACGAAACGUCUUUCGCCUACUUCAAUUACAUGAAAGACAAGGAGUGCGCCAUCCCAGUCGACCUGCUUGAUGCCGCUCCGUGAAGAAGUUCGAUCAAGAUCGUGCGAACACUACUCAAACCGGAGCGCAGGUCCUCAUGACGGGACCAGUGCUCCACGAAGAACCUCCGCUGAUGGCCGGGCACAGUGGCUUUAUCUGUAACUUUCGUUUACUCUGAAAGAAUCGUCAUAUAGGCCGUUGACUACAUAGGUUUCUCCUAGCCACCGUGAGAGCGAUGCUUGUCAACCGUCCAUAAGGUUCACCCUCUCAAGUAAGACAACCAGAAAGCUCAAACCCUUGUCAAAUCUGGGUGAUGUCUUCGGCUUUGAUAACGCUGCAGGAACGUGCCAACUAGGGUCACUCUAGUGAGAACCGUGUCCAUUUCAGUCCCUUCGGACGAGAGUGGAAAAUUGGCGUUUUAUCACGUGACACAUUUGCGGGUUAGCGAAUCGUUAUGUCCGUGGUAUUUCCCCAAUACAACCUUCGAGCGGAGGUCAGAUUUUGCCGACGUUGCCGUCAACGCUGCCCAAGUGAAAAGACCUUCAAUUGCGUCAAGGACUGCCGUCUAACCGAGAUCUUGAUCUUGAACGCAGUUCUUUCACCAUCACGAGUUCGUUGAAAUUGCGAAAUGUAAAACCGACGAUGAAAGGGCAAUGCGUCUUUAAGUUGAUUUCGAUCUUCUAGAGGCGUGAAAAGUGUCUUUAGUUCACUGGACGAUCUGCAUCACGCAUUAAAAUAAAUGUGUCUGAAACUGCA